UCACAGGGGCGGCUUUUUGACUCCAAACACUUGCCUACCCAUUCACUAUAUAUAUAUAUAUAUAUAAACAACACCACCCACUAUCUCACCACUCUCUUCCUCUUCACUAUAUAUAUUAGCCCUCUGUGCUUUCUCACUUUGCUUGUCUUCUCAAUUCAUCAAUUUUCCAUUUCCAUUUCUCUAAGCUUAUGGAAGCCAUAGAAGAAUUCACAGGUUCCAAUGAUCACACCAUCGUCGUUAAAGGUAAGCGUACCAAGCGUUCAAGGCCUUUGUCCCCAUUUGGCAUGGCUGUCACGAGCUCUAGCUCAUCUGGAGGCGGCGGCGGCGGCGGCGGUGGAGGAGGCGGAGAUGUUUGUUAUUCAACUCCUUCUCCUACAACCUCUGGAGAGUUUUCUACAACCACGGAUGAAGAGGAAGACAUGGCGAAUUGCCUAAUUCUCUUAGCACAAGGUGUUGGUCCAAGGCAAGUGGAGAAGAAGGCCAAGAUUGAGAAGUUUAGUAGUACUGAUCAUCAUCCAAGAUUAGCCAUGGCCACCGCGACAACUGGCGGCACCGGCAUCUAUGUCUACGAAUGCAAGACUUGUAACCGGACUUUUCCAUCGUUCCAAGCUCUAGGCGGUCACAGGGCGAGUCACAAGAAGCCCAAAGCCAUGGCGGCGGAAGAGAAGAAAGUCAUGUCCAUGCCACCAUUUGAUCAUGAUGAUCAUCACAACAAUAUUAUCGAAGAGGGACAUUUCAUUAACAUCAGCCCACCUCUCCCUCUUCAAAUCGUCAAUAAACCCUCUCAGCACCAACAACACAUGAAUAGCAACAAGGCCAAGGUUCACGAGUGCUCCAUUUGUGGCGCGGAAUUCUCAUCAGGGCAAGCUUUGGGUGGUCACAUGAGGCGACACAGGACUCAUACAAACACUCGACUCGACACAAACACUACUAUCCAGUCUCAUGAAGAUGAGAAGCCAAUUAGGCAUGUACUGUCACUGGAUCUUAACCUUCCUGCACCAGAAGACGAUCACCGGGACUCCAAGUUUCAGUUUGCAUCCAACCAGCAACAUCUAGUCUUCUCCUCCCCGGCCUUGGUGGAUUGCCAUUACUAAGAAUAAAGGGUCAUCAAAUUGGAUCAAUGUGAAUUAUUAUCAUUAUAUAUUAAGUUUUAGUACUAUUAUUCAUA